CUCCCUAACCCUUGAUGGAUCCCGGCGAAGUACCGAACCGAGUUGUAACCCUAACCCCCAACUAGGGUAAAUCAGAUUUCUUACCUGCUGGUCUCACGAUCCCCAACUCAUAGAUAAGCACGUAAACUCGUUGAACCAGAUUUCAUUGUCCAUGACAUCUCACCCACUCUACAGAGCCUUCAAGGCCCCCAAGGUCCGCGUUUCGGAGCGUGGAUUACGCUUCCCGGAAUCCAUAGUGCACGGAUUGUCGCACAGUCCAGUCCACACCUCUCCUGGGUGAUGAUUGACUGCGAGCAUGGGCUUACUCCACUCAAUGCGGACUCUGCGGAAACUAUUCAGGCGAUUGCAGGCAUAGGUUCCAAUUAUGUCAGUCCCCUUGUGAGAAUCCCUGCCACAGGGACAUGUAGCAGCACAUCGUGGUUGAUCAAAUACGCACUGGACGCUGGCGCAAGAGGUGUUCUCGUACCUAUGGUGUCCGACCCAGAAAAGGCGAAGGAGAUCGUUUCCGAUUGUCGAUUUCCUCCUGCGGGAAGACGUGGUUUCGGGAACCCGUUAACACAUCUCACUUGGAACAUUGGAACGGAAGAAUACCUGAAUUCGGCCAAUGACUUCAUCACGAUCAUGGUCCAGAUCGAAAACAUGGAGGGGGUAGAGAAUGUGGAGCAGAUCGCCGCUGUAGAUGGACUAGAUGUACUGUUCAUUGGACCGUACGACCUUUCUUUGAAUCUCGGCUAUCCGCCCCCUUUUCCGGAUGUACACCCGGAGGUCGAAAAGGUCAUCCAGAAGAUUCUGGAGGUUGCCCAUCGCAAGGGGAAGAAAUGUGGCAUCUACUGCUCAUCUGGAAGGCAAGCGUUCCAGCGAGCUCAACAAGGAUUUGACAUGGAAAGUCAACGUCACUUCCGAUUCAGCUGCUAUCAGUGAAGCGAUCGUAUCUAAUCUGGAAGCUGCUAUUGGUCAGAACGUUUAAUCAGCUCAGCUACAGAAGCGAGUGAAAUGUAGGACUCCUCGAGGCAGACUAAAAACGUGUAUGAUACUAGUGACGUUCCAGUGGCUUGAAAAUUUGCGAGGCAGUCGAACGCAGAUGAGACCAACGUGCUUUUCCUUGUAAGGG